GCCUGCUGACGCUAGCCAUGUCUCUCUUCAGCGGACACUACAGUCACGGAUCGUUCAUGGAGGAGUGUGGGUACCCGAGCACAAGUGGGUUGAGUGGAGAGCAGCAGUUUACACCCGUUGGUUAUUUUCCUAACGACAGAUACCUUUCCGAGCAAUACCAAAGCGGCGCCACAUAUGCCUCGCCUCAAGACGCCUCCCUCUGGUACCAGGGGAGUCAGGCUUCCGGAACCACUCCUGAGCUGUUCCAUAUUUCCCAAGAAGCCGAUUUCUCUGAAGCACCUGAUUUUACCCAAGCAAUCGAUUCCUCUCAAGUUCGUGGGUUCUCGCAGUCACUUGACUUCUCUCAAGCAUCGAACUUUUCUCCAACAGCCGACCAAGGGCCGCCGUGUCGCCAGAGGUCGUCCUCCUCUCGCAAGAGUAAGACCACCAAGUGGCAUGAACUUCCCCCGCAAGCUAGUACUGAAGCCGAGGAAAAGAGGCUUCGCGCAGUCAAGGGCUGGCUUUACAGGGAAAAGCGCAAGGAGAUGGAACAGCAGGUGCAGCAAGACCUGGCCGACGUUACGGCUCAGAACGCGCAACUCCGCUCGGAAAGGGACAUGAGGAAAACCGCCUGCGCGGAAAUGGAGAGGGUCCUGAAGGAAGCCACCCAGCGCCAUGGUUACCUUUUGGAAAACUAAGGCUGUCUCAAUACUCAAGAUACGAACACCAGAUACACCCACAUACAUACAUGCCUUUGAUUGCGUAUGUGUGUGUCUGAGAGUAAGGAGAAGGGCAAGGACGGCUGGUCUCAAAUAUGGAGCGGGUUUUAGCGCCAAUAUCUGAAAAUGGAUGAAGAAUUCCACUUCGUCUUCCGCUUCAACAUCGGGUUCCGAAUAGAGGCCCUCACUCCCAGGACGACGCGACGCCAGCCGGUUCUACGCAACUGCUUUUUCCUUUGCUUGUGAAUUUAUUAAACUGUAUAUUAUAUGUGUAUAACUGUAUCUCACAACUCCUUUUUACCUGGAGAUAUUUCUUCAUUUUUGUAUUCUGCUCUUUGUCUGUUCGUUUGUUUGUUUCGCUUUGUCGUAAUGCAAGAAUAAAAAAGGAUAUUUUAGAUCAACGUAACGAUUUCCUAAUUUUUCCCUCU